UCAAACACCCUAUAAAUUUGAAACGUUAUUUGAGGGAGCUGUUUUUUUGUUUAAAGUGUCAAUGGACCAUGGCAGAAAUUGCUUGCUAUCUCGAUUCAGCAAAAUGGUAUUAAAGCCAGUGAGCUCUCUAUGCAAAGCUGAUAUCCAGAGAUAACCCUUGAUCAGUAGACCUGAACAAAAAUCUGAUUUUAAAUGACCAUUGAAUAUAAGAAGAAUAAGUUUUCUAUAAAAAUAGUAUUGGUAUAUAAAAAAGCAUUACAUCGAACUUAGUCGUCGUGGCUUCAUGUGCGUGAUGUGUUCCACCCUCAAUGUGUUGGUGUACCUCCUGGUCAUAUCCCAUUUUGUCGUAGAGAUCGCUUGUCGAGUGGAGUUCACGAACGUAAAGUGCAAUUCUUUGGACAAGGAGUUCUCCGAUUUUGAAUAUUGUUAUCUGAAGUCUGUGAACCGGAGCUACAAAUAUCUAUCGCUGAAAGUCAAUCUGUUUCAAGUUCCCAUUACCAAAUUCUCGACAAAACUUGGACUGUACAAGCGAUUUAGUGGAUAUAAACCUUUCCUUUACAAUUUCACUGUGAAUGGCUGCAAUUUCCUUAAACGUCCAAAAUCAUUCCCCGUCGUAAGUUAUUUUUAUGAGAUCUUCAAAGAUUUUUCAAAUAUGAAUCAUUCAUGUCCCUACGAUCAUGAUCUAAUAGUGGAUAAGCUUACCAUCGAGCAGAUUAAUAACCGAUUCUCAAAAACACUGACAUUUCCCGAGGGCGAUUACUUGAUCGAGUUGCACUUUCUGGCCUACGGCAUCAACCGUGCGGUGGUUAAAGUAUAUUUCACCCUUUCAUGAA